AUGGACCUUGAAGAAAUUAAAGCACUGAAGAUCUUUCUACAUGAUCAAUUCAAGAUCAAAGAUCUAGGAAAGUUGCACUAUUUCUUGGAAUUAGAAGUAUUUUAUAAAGAUGGCGAGGUCGAUGAGGGAUCUCUAUUGCCUGAUCCUACACACUACAGGAAAUUGGUUGGGAAACUUAACUUCAUGACCAAUACAAGCUUGGAUAUUGCUUAUAGUGUACAACACUUAAGCCAGUUUAUGUACGCUCCCAGAGAGCCACAUCUCAGGGCUACCAUACAUGUUCUAUGGUACCUUAAAAAUGAUCCAGCAUUGAGAAUCUUCCUUUCCAAUAGUUCAGAUUUGAGUGGUUACAUUGUCUUGCUUGGUGAUAGUCCAAUUAGUUGGAAAUUGAAGAAACAAGAGAAAUUGUCCUUGUUCUCUGCAGAAGCAGAAUAUAGGUCUAUCAGGAAGCCAACCUGCAGUGCAUAUGGCAAGAAACCCUGUGUUUCAUGA